UUUUAAGUCCAUUGUUACAUUUGAAGUCCCUGCUCUAUCAUGCAUGCCUACAUGGCUUCUCUGUUGGCUACAACCACACUAUCAGAACAGCUGGUAGAGAGUAAAGUCACAGUCAAGACGCUCUUUGGAGCUCUGUGCGUAAUGACAAGGCAGUCUUCUCAGACUGGAGUUGCGCGUGCCAUGUCACAUCUCUUUACUUUACCUCUUUGCUUUUACUGGCAGUUUUCCUAACUUCGUGCAUAAAGAGGACUAAAACAUGGGUAAACGGCACUAAAAUCCAAACCUGGUCUUCGUAUUCAUCGAAUAUGUUUUGCUCGCUCGAUUUUGUAUGAUAUAUAUAUAUAUAUCUCUUUCAUAACCUCAUGGAAUUAGUUUGCUUUUAUGUUGGAUAAGUAAUACAAAAUACUUUAUUGAAUAAUGACUUGGUUUUGGAACUAAUAGAUUUUUAAAGGGAGCUCUCUUGAGGCUAUUUUAAAUGUAAAGCCUGUGUCUGAAAUGAAUUACUCCUCCAAGUGAACUGGACAGAACUAAACCAUGGAGAAUGUUACUUCAAAUCCAGAUAACCAGACGCUUGGUCCAUGGACUGAUUAUAGCAUGGAAUACAAAGUGGUCAGCAUAUUUUUUGUGAUUCUCAUCUGUGGGAUAGGAAUAGUUGGAAAUGUUAUGGUGAUUCUAGUUGUUCUUACAACCAAACACAUGCGGACACCCACCAACUGUUACCUGGUGAGUUUGGCGGUGGCCGACCUGAUGGUUCUGACGGCGGCGGGACUGCCGAAUAUUACACAGAGUUUGUAUGGAGGAGGCUGGGUGUACGGAUACGUCGGGUGCCUUAGCAUCACUUAUUUCCAGUACUUGGGCAUCAACGCGUCUUCGUGCUCUAUCACCGCUUUCACUAUUGAGCGGUACAUAGCCAUCUGCCACCCCAUAAAAGCGCAGUUUAUGUGCACUCUGUCAAGAGCAAAGAAAAUCAUAGUGGUCGUUUGGGCUUUAACCUCGCUCUACUGCGCCAUGUGGUUUUAUCUGUCUGACAUGAACGAGUUGAUUUACGACAAUAUUACCGUGGUCUCAUGCGAAUACAAAGUGUCAAGAAAUCUUUACCUGCCAUUUAUCUACUUCACGGACUUUGCCAUGUUCUACGUGGUGCCCCUCAUGCUAGCCACGGUUCUGUAUGGAUUUAUCGCUAGAAUUCUUUUCCUCAACCCAUUGCCGGCUGACCCCAAGGAAAACACGAAGUGGAAAAAAGAAUCAUGCCAAGGAAAUAGGAUGACGAGCACCAACAAUUCAUCCUGUAGCACAACCAUCCGCUCUCGCAGGCAGGUGACUAAGAUGUUAGCUGUGGUGGUGGUGCUCUUUGCCCUCCUCUGGAUGCCCUACCGGACGCUGGUGGUGGUAAACUCCUUCCUGGACAAGCCUUACCUGGACCUCUGGUUCCUACUCUUCUGCCGCAUCUGCAUCUACCUGAACAGCGCCGUCAACCCUGUCAUCUACAACGCCAUGUCUCAGAAGUUUCGCACCUCCUUCAAGAAGUUGUGUCACUGCGGUCCGCAGCGAUUGGAGAAGCCGGCGUCUUACAGCUUGGCCCUGACCUACAGCGCCAUCAAGGACACAACCAAUGGAGAGAGCCCUGACCACUUCACUACCGAGAUGGAUGAGCUGGCCACACCCACACCCAGUGACCAGUUCCUGCCCAGCACCAAGAGGAUAUCAUUCGAGGACACCUCUCUGUCAGGCAGGGUUGCCCUUUGCACUGCCUGACAGAAAAAAGAACUCCAUUCAGGCAACAAUGAUUACCUGAAAGGAUCUUCUUAUCCUUAAGCUCUAGUUUGUGAAUUCAAAAUGGUCUCCAGCAGCAUACUUCCAAUUCUAUUCUAUAACUCAUUUUCGGUCGAGGAAUUUAUUUCAUAUUUGAGCAGUACAACGGCAAACAUUAAAUGCCAAAAAAUGUGUUGUUAACAGAGGAAGUACUACUUCAUUUCUUUAUCUAGCAUGGUGAAAAUAUAUUCUCCCCAUCUCUCUGUAGCCAUCUUAGCACAAAGCACCCAAUUAUAGGCAUUGUUUAAAUCCGUCCUAAACAUUGUGUGAGACACACAUUUACUUUGCAAGGUAAUAAUCAUACUGCUUUCACAUACUGAGCAACAGUUGCCAUCUCUGUAAAGUGUUUUCCUACAAGGGAAAUAUAACAAGGGAAAGAUGUUAUCCCUCUUUUUAUCUGGAGAGGUGUAGGCCAGGAACUCAGUGUGUGUGUGUGUGUGUGUGUGUGUGUGUGUGUGUGUGUGUGUUCGUGUGUGUGUUUUAAAGAUAAGCUCACUCUACAGGAGGAAUCAAACUGUCUGGGCUGUUGUUAAAACCACCCUGCUACCUUCCAUGUUUUAAAACAGCACAGAGAGAAUGUGAUCACUGACCACAUUUCAAAGGCAGAAUUGAAAGGAGGCAGAGUAUCAAAACCAUCUCUGCUCAAGGGGUGUAAAUAUCACACAUUGCUUUAAAUUGAAACCUGCCUGUCAGGGAAAUAGAGAUGAGGUGGGAUGAAGUUUAUUUAAAGGUUACAUACAGAUGAUGAAAAGGACUGAUAACAAAGCAAUGACAUGCCGGAUCUGUUGUCCGUUUGAUACCAUGUGACUUAGUAACCUUAUUGGCUUAUUAUAGUAACCUUAUUGGCUAAAAGGUUCACUCGAUAUGAAAAGUUCCGCAGGGGCUAGUGUCAAAAAUGCAGCAUGGUUAAACAUCUUGCUGUACCUGUAAUGGACUACUGUGGUGUGGAUUCAAUCAACAAGUGUUGGAAGGUCCAGAGUCCAUAGCGAGAAAGAUCUUUGAUGACUCAGACACCUGGGUGGUUGAUGGUUAUCUCUAGGUCAGGGGCCUGACAUGACCAGACCAAACGUUAUGUUGACAUCCUCAACAGCAGAGACUAAUGGUAGCAUUUCCCCAUAAUGGAUCCCCCCCAACCACAACCCGCAGAGCAAAGGGGAGAUUAGAGGAUUCAUCAAUGCCAAAGAGGGAGGCUGGUGAGUCAUGGUACAGCCAUAAAGCACGGGCACAGUGUCAAAAAAAAACAGAAAGAAAAAGCAUAAAAGGAACGAGAAUUGAUUUAAUUUAGAAUUCAAAUAAGGAAAAAAUAGAACGUUUGUUGUUGUUUAUUUUAUACUGAUGAAACGCCCUCUCUGUCCCUUUUUAGGAUACUGUAAAAAUGCUUGCAAUUGAUUGUGCGUUGCCGUGUGAAAUUGAUGUACAAUGUACAUUUUCGAUGUACGUUUCCAGACCCGUUUUCAAUUCAUACCUUUGUACCAUUUACAUUGUGUCUGCCAGUAGAACUAUUUUGUAAUAACGUAGUUUGUUUUGUUCAGUUUUAUUGUUCGUUCCCAUCAAUAUACAGUAUUUUACUAUGGAGCGAUCAAUGUGGAGCUACGCUCUUCUUCUUUGGUAACACUACAACUACAGUAGGUUUCAAAGAAGGUAUGUGAAAUAAUGAUCUGUCCCUCUUGCGCUUUCAUCUACUAUCUCCGUUGCACAGUUUCCACCAUUAGAGGGAGUGGUGCCUGGUAGCGAGUUUGCAGCAUGGACACUGUAAAACAAAUGAUGUUGUGGUGUGAUUUCAAAAAGACAGACAUCUAUGUGCAGUAUACAGUUAUUCUUCAGUCAGCAAUGUUGUGUAUCCUGGUCUCUCUUUGCUGGCAGUUCUCUGCAUUGUAAAAACUACCCUUGUUGUUUGGAUGGUUUGUGUUUUGUAUUUUGUAUUGUCAUUUGUCUAUAAUAAAAUGAUCAUUGAUCAUGUACUCUGUCAAAUAUU